CUGGAAAGAACGAGUGUGUGAAACAGAGGAAUGCUGAAAUACCUGCUGCCCUCACAAAGAAUGGGAGAAUGCCCCCUCCCAGUAUAGUAUCAAGUACCACUUUAUGUAAACCCAGAGAACCUGAGAGGCCAGGCAGCCACAGUUCCCCUGGGGCCUCCCUUUUAGUAAAGAGCAAGACUAAGGCUUUAAUUUUGGUGCAUUUGAUCCUGUCUCAUGGGAGUUUUACAAACACAUUUUUGUUGCCUGACACCUUCCUGACUCAUUUGCAGUUUUACCCAUCACUAAAUCACCUGGUCCUCACGUAAGAGAUGACUCUUUGUAAACUGAACACAAAGUGCAGAAGGAAGCAUCCGUCAUGUUAUUGGACAUAAAGCGCUUACUGGCAACCUAUAAGUAAUGACAAUUAAGAAAAUGUUGCAUGCAGGAAUCCAAGAACAUCUAAGUACCCCACGAGCACAGCUGCUUCUUAUAAACCUACUGACAUGUGGUCUGGAGGUGUGUCUGGCCGCAGGGGUCACAUUCGUUCCUCCCCUGCUCUUGGAAGCUGGAGUGGAAGGCAAAUUUAUGACAAUGGUGUUAGGUAUUGGACCAAUCGCUGGUCUUCUCAUUGUUCAUCUCAUUGGAUCUGCUAGUGACAGCUGGACUAGCAGGUAUGGCCGCCGCCGUCCCUUUAUCUGGCUUAUGUGCGUUGGAGUGAUGUUGAGCCUGAUUAUCAUACCUUAUUCCAGUCAACUUGCCAGUUUGCUAGGGGGCCAUAAUGCUGGAGUAGAGGUGGCCUUUCUUGUGCUGGGCAUAGGACUGUUGGACUCCUGCGGGCAGGUCUGCUUCACACCGUUGGAAGCUUUGCUCGCUGACCUCUUUCCUGAGGGAGAGAGCUGCAGAAAAGCAUUCUCUGUGUAUGCACUAACAGUUGGACUUGGAGCCUGCAUUGGAACUCUGCUGCCAGCUGUGGAUUGGAGUGGUAGUUGGCUGGCAAAACAUUUAGGUGGGCAAGAGCAGGUUCUCUUCAUCUUGCUACUUAUUAUUUUCACUGGAUGUGUUAUUGCAACAUUCUUUGUCUCAGAAGAACUAAAGCCAGGAAUUGUACAAGUUGAAGUGCCAGGAGAUCACCCAGCCAGAAAAGGACCUUGUCUACAGGCUUGUCAGUUGUGGACUUUUCCCCUCAGAGCUUGGCAGCUGGUGCUGACAUUAAGAAGUGUGUGUGCUUUGUUUCCACAGCUCAGGACAUUUUGUUGCAAAGUGCCUGUUACUCUGUGGCGCCUCUUUGUAGCACAGUUGUGCUCCUGGAUGGGUCUUAUGACAUUUAUGCUCUUUUACACUGACUUUGUGGGUGAGGGCCUAUACAAAGGUGUUCCAGUAGCAAAGCCAGGCACAGAAGACAGACUGCGUUAUGAUGAAGGAGUAAGGAUGGGUAGCAUGGGACUCUUCCUACAGUCUGUGAUAUCUAUGAUCUUCUCCUGUUCAAUGGAUCAUCUAAUCAAGAUGUUUGGUACCCGAUCCAUUUACCUUGCCAGCAUUGCUUGCCUUCCAUUGGCUACAAUAGUCAUGUGCUUCUCCAGCAGCAUUACCAUUGUGACAAUAUCAGCUGCCAUGACAGGCUUCACCUUCUCUGUUCUGCAGAUUGUGCCAUACACUCUUACAACAUUUUAUCACCAUAACCGUCAAGUGUAUGUGCCCAAAUAUAAAGAUGCUGGUGGGUAUAAUAAUGUGACUGAGAAAGAACGAAAGACAGGAUUUCAUAAGGACACCCCAAAUGGCGUGUCGAUAUUCCCAUCUCUGGGCCCAGAAUGUGAUACAACAGUCACUAUUACAGAUCCUUCUGCUCAGAAGCAUGGAAUCUGCCUGGAUAUGGCCAUCUUAGACAGUGCUGUUCUUCUAUCACAAGUGGUUCCAUCACUAGUCAUGGGUUUUAUCGUGCAGAUGACACAGACAGUCACAGCAUAUGCGGCUGUUGCCGCAGCCUUUGGAUUUAUAGCCAUCUACUUCUCCAACAAGGUUGUGUUUGAUAAAAGUGACUUAACCAAACUGACAGCACUUUAAGGUUUUUCCUGGUCUAAAAUUUUGCUUAACUUAUUAUCUUUUAUUGAGGUUCAGUUUAAUGUCUGACAUUUGUGUUAUAAGGGCAUUUUAUUUAAAUAUUGAGGGGCAAACUGGACCAAAGAUUUUGUAAAUACUGUCCUUGUUUCAUAUAUACUAUUUUAGAAGAGGAUUUUAGGGUGCCUCUGUUAAAUUUUUAGAUGGGUGCAAUGAAACAAACUGAGCCAUUGGUUUGAUGUGGUGCACUUCAUUGUUUCCACCAUUUUUAGCCCUGCUUACCAUUUUAACAUUUAUUGUCUUACCACUUGAAAUUGCGCUCGUUCGUCAUAUUAAAUAGUUACACCAUAAACCGAGUCAUAAGUCAUAGAUCCCAUUCAUCCCAGCAAAAUUGUCUGUGUAAACCAUAGUUUACCAAGUUUUCCUUGACAAAAUGUAUAAAGUGUAUAUGCCACUGAGGCAUAUAUAUGCUGUAAUAUUUCAGUCUGUGUUUAUGUGUUGUAUAAACAUAUGAGCAUAUUUAUUUGAUAUAAAGGGCAUUAUUAUAUUGUUACAAGUACAAACAACAGUCUUAAACUAACGUUACCAGAUUUCAAAAUGAAAUCUGUGGACACCUAUAAAAUAUUUAUUAAGGCCAUAUCUGCAGACGAGGACUCUGUACGGGCAAACUUUUUUUCCCAGGACAAAGGUCUUAAAACCUGGCUUUUCCCCUUGAAGUGGGGACUGAUGGGAAACAGAUCACUGAGCUUGAACUUGUAUCAACAAGGAUUUAUAUACCUGGGUGAAACCAAAAAAAUACAUUACUAAAUGCUGUAUAUGAGCAGGGGGGAAACCAUUUUGUCUUUGUUCUUCACCAAGACUUUUAGUCUAAGAUGUGUUAUAUUGAAAAAAGUGAGGUAUAAAAAUGCUGAACUGCUUGAAACCUACAAAAAUCAAUUUAAAUAUUUUAUUUAUAAUUGAUUUUAUAGCCUGUCUAUUCUGUUUGUAUGAAUACAAUAGAUAUCAGUUACAAAGCACUUUAUAGAAAUGUUGUGUUUAGCGUUAAUUCCUUUUAGUGUUCUGCAUUCAGCCCAUUUAUAUGCAAAACACCUCCCUGAUUGUAUGGUUUCAUAUGAAUCCUCAGAAAGUACCUAGUAGUACAUCUCUGUAACCCCAACAGUGCAGUCCAUUAUAACUGCUUCACUUUCUGGGCUAAAACUUGAAUAAAUCUUGCUUUGUGUUCAGCCCAUCUCUACUGACAAGGAAGUAUCCUAAUGCCUUGUCUGACAUACUUGAAAGAAAUACAUUUCCAGGUCAAGUUACUUUAAAGGGAAGUUAGAAAUAUGAGAGAACCAUUUUCAUUUUAUCUGAUUAUUUCUGUACCUCAGAAAUAUCACAGACACACAUAAUUUAUGGUUUUGCAUGGGAGUAUUCAAUUAGGAUGUUUGCCUGGGACCAGCCCCAAUGCAUCUAUUUAUAGUGAUAAGAAUUUUGUUUUAUUGAUUGUGGAUGGGGCAUAUCUUUCAAGAUGAAGGCAAAUAUUUAACAUUACAUUUUUUUAAAUGAAGUUAUAUAACCACUAAUGCAUUAACGAAACCCUCUGUGGCAUCCCAUGGUUUAUAUAGACUUUCUAAGUUAUCUAGGUAUCAAUAUCUACAAUUCAUAUAUUUUUUGUUACCUGUAUGGUGCCCUCCCAAGUCCGAUGUACAGUUCUGAGCUUUCUGGAUAACAGAUGCCUUUAUCUGUAGUAUGAACAUUGGUUGGUUCCAGAUUUGGGCAGGUUAUGGACAGUUCAUGGUGCAUUGGCAGAUGAGGAAAUCAACAGAAGCUGCAGCAUGGCCAGUGUUAUUGGAACAUUCUGCAAUAAUCACAGUUUAAAGCUCAGCUAUAAAGCAGGACAGGGCUGCUUGUAUUUUGAAAUAAGAAUAUGAAGGAAUGUUUAUGUCAUAGGAAAUACAGUACUAUUAUAUAACAAAAUAAUACACCUUUUAUAGAGUUUAUACUUUUUUUUAUUACUGAACUUCUCAUAUUGACUAAAGAGUCUGCAUUAUUUUUAGGAAAAUGCAUCAGUUUUUAACCUUAUAAUGUUAGUACCAGGCCCGGACUAACAAUCUAUUGAAUCUACAGUGUAGAUUCUGGCAAAUGCCAGAGGGGAUGCUGUAAGAAGCCAUAGACAUUAUUUUGGGGCGUGUGGGAGGCUUUUGGGCCUCCAUGUACUUGAAAUACCAGGGUCUAUAAUUAUAUAUUGUAUAUAGUCCGGACCUGGCAAGUAAUAUUUACACCUAUUCCUGCUGGACACAUGCUGAUAGAUGUUGCUGUAGAGCUUUAUGUUAACUGAGAAUGGUAAUAUUAUAGUUUACACAUUUCUACAAAUAUAUAAAGUAAUGUUCAAAGUACACAUCCAAACAUAUUUAUAUAUUAUCAAUAUUUAGGAGAUGAGUUUUAUUCUAUAAAGUGUGUGUUUGCAGACAUGUUUGUCUAUUUUAAAAUGUGUAAAAAUACAUGUUUUUAUCUUACUGGAAGUAUACAUGAAGGUGGUUACAUUUACAUUUAAGUUUCAAUUUUUUUACUGAGAUUUUUUUUCUUUGGUAUUGGUAAAUUAUUUAUUUUUAUUGUAGGUGUAUAUUUUCUAAAGCAACCUGAUGCCAAAUUGUAUGUAAAAAUGUGACGGUAAUAUAUUCCUUUUUAUUUAAAUCUCUUCAUACUUUGGAAGACUUCAGCUAGGGAUGGAUAAGUAGACCAUCCAAACUACUGUUUCAGUGUGAAAUAUUUAUUUCUAGGAUAAUAGUAUGUAAGUGUUUUUUUUCUGUGAUAUGGAUUGAAGAUCCUCAACCACAGCUGUUGUACACUACUGGUACCCAAGGACAGAUCGCAAGAUCUACUAGUAUUGAAAACUACAGCUUCCACCUCAGUGCAGGCACACGCAGCGGAGCAUAGGUCGGACCUACGCUUCACUCUGCUGCAUGUGCCUGCACUAAGGCAGAGCUCAGCCUAAGCACAAAACAUCAUGUAAGAAUAAAGUGGUAUGUUAAAGAUUGGUAAUUGUUGCCCCCUGCAAUAGUGAAUUAGAAUUAAGGUAUCUAGGAGAUAUUGUGGUUAGUAAAUGAUGUUAUGUAUUAGAAUUAAAGAAAAGUAAAUUAAAAUGAAAGAAUUAUGUGAAAUAUUGACCCCUGUUUGGUGCCAUUGUGCUUUGGCUUGCACAGAGAAACCCAGGCCUGUAUCUACAAAUUUUUUGCGGUCUUUUUUUGUUUUUUUUCUUUUGAUAUAAAGUAUUUAUAAAGACCUGUGCAAAUAUAUUUUUAUAUGCAUAUAUGUAAUUAAAAUAUUAAUCAUAUAUAAUGUCCACUUAAGUGAAAUAUUCCUGCGUAAUAUAGGAAUUGUUGGUAACCUAAAAUAACACAGUAGUAUGUUUGAGGGCAUGCUGAAACAAGUCCAAUAUUAUGGUAUUAUGAGGAGGGGAAUUAUUUAGUUCUACUUUUUGUUAUUUUUAUAGUUGGAAUUAAAUGGGAGAGUGGUCUUAAAUAAUCCCUUUCUUCCCACAAUGACUAUGCAGUGUCCAGGAGGAGAGAGACUUGCACUGUUAAUGGAAAUUCUUCUGUAAAUGAUAAUUAUGGGUAUGACAUUUGGUAUGAUUUUAGGUUUAUAUAUUUUGUCUAUUUGUGGUGGAAGAUUCAAAUUAUCAUUAAGGAAAUCCAAAUAUUGCAUUUGAUCCAUUCUGUUAACAACAAUAAAGGGAAAUAAGGUUUCAUAAUAAAAAAAAUCUAUAUUUGUUCA